AUGAUUUAGCAAAUGAUCGUAGAUAAAGUAUAAGAAAUUAAGAAUUUAUUAAAUAAAGUUAUGAUUAAAUUGAUAGUCACAGUAAGCCAUUUGAUCUAAUUUGUUAUUCACUCUUGGUUUAUGUAUCAAUAAAUGUUGGCAUUCAACCCUGGGGUUUUAGAUGAAGCUUUAUGGAAUCAAGUGAAAUAUUUGACUAAUUUUUCUAAUUGGGCUAUGUUUACUUAUUUAAUCCCCUUUGUGAUGUACGAUCUCAAAAAUUAUAAUGCUAAGAAAAUUCAAGAUAGAUAUCCAUAAUUUGUCAAUAUAUUGUUUCAAGGACUUAAUCCUAUUUUAUUUUUGGUGAUGGCAAGUUAUUAGAGUUUUAUCAUAAUUGAUCCUAAACUUUUAGUGUUGGAUGGGUUUUAUCCAACAGAAUGGUAAAUGGUAUUGCUUGCAUAUUUGCAUCUCGGAAACUGGCUGUUGAUGUAAAUCGAGUAUAUCCUCUAUGAACAUUAGUAAGUACCAAAAAUUAAAUUGUUUGUAUUCUUUUUCACAUACACUAUCAUUUAUUUUAUAAUAUAUGGCUGCUACUUCUAAGUGAAAGGGAAGCAUGUCUAUGGUUUCUAAAAAAGUUUAAGUAUUCCCAUAAUUGUCGUGUUAAAUAUAUUCUAAUUUUCUAUUUUAUUCUUUGUCGACUUUGUAUAUGGAAAAGUGACAAAAUCAAGUGUUUUCAAGAGAUAUGUAUUUGAGAAUUGGCUUUAGAAUAAGUAAAUUGAAGGAAAUCUAAAGAAAAAAUAAUGA